GAGGAUGCGAGAGCCCCAUUGGCUCGGGCUGGGCGGCCGUGCGCUGGGCUCUUAAAGGGCGACUGGAGCGCGGACCGCGCCGGCCGGCCGGGCGGGGCCCAUGGCGAGCACCAGCAGCCACCUGGUGAGUGCGGGGCGCGGGGCUGGCGCGGCGGUCGCCUGAGACUGUUGGCGGCCGCAGCGCGCUGGAGAAGGAGUAGGCCCAAGCGCCGGGCCCGGCCCAGCCCGGCCGUGAGGGGGCGGGCCGCCCGCGUCCUACACGCUGCCGGGCGGUGGGGUCGCGGAGGGCUUUUGCGAGCGGCCCUGCUGCUUGCCGUCCGCAGGGAGAGCAGCCGGGCGAGCGCCGCACUGCGUGAGGCCGGCCUCGGUGCCGCCGCCGCUCCUCCUUCCACUCUUCGCUUCCCGGAGGUGGGGCGGCGGUUGCGGUCGCUCUCUUCUGCCCGGCGCUGGCGGGGCCCUGAGAGCGCGAGGCGACAGCGGUGAUGGGCGCCCGAGCUCGGCCCGGCAUUGCGGGGAAGCGAAGCUGGGCCCGGGCCGCCUGCGGCCUCUCGCUGAGCGGCGAGCCCCGUUCCGGGUACGGGGCACUGGCGUGGCUUCGCUGGGCCGCCUCCUCCCCGCACGGCCUCUGCCCCUGCUCCGAGGGAGCCGCCUGCGUGCUCGUAUGAUGCUGUUCCAAUCCAGUCUAGUGUGGUGUUGUGUUCCUGUCCAUCCCCAUCAAUGGUGAGAAACCAAGCAGAUUCCAGCACUCCAUCUGUCAUUUCCACCUGUGGCAGCAGACAGGGAUCUAACAUGGAGAGUACUGCAGCUGAAUCAAGAUCUAGUUCAAACUCCUUGCCGCAACAUACAGGACAGCAGCCUCCACAGCCUCGAAAGAAACGACCUGAUGACUUUAAAUUUGGGAAAAUUCUGGGUGAAGGAUCUUUUUCAACGGUUGUGUUGGCUCGAGAAUUGACAAGUUCUAGAGAAUAUGCCAUUAAAAUUCUAGAAAAGCGUCAUAUCAUAAAAGAAAAUAAGGUGCCAUAUGUGACACGAGAGAGAGAUGUGAUGUCCCGUCUGGAUCAUCCUUUUUUUGUGAAACUCUACUUCACCUUUCAGGAUGAUGAAAAGCUGUAUUUUGGGCUUAGCUAUGCCAAAAACGGCGAGCUGCUAAAGUAUAUACGUAAAAUUGGCUCAUUUGAUGAGACCUGUACCAGGUUUUAUACUGCUGAAAUUGUAUCAGCCCUGGAGUAUUUGCAUGGAAAAGGAAUUAUUCACAGGGACCUAAAGCCAGAGAACAUCUUGCUAAAUGAAGAUAUGCACAUUCAAAUAACAGACUUUGGAACAGCAAAAGUAUUAUCUGCAGAUAGUAGACAAGCACGGGCAAAUUCAUUUGUAGGGACAGCACAGUAUGUUUCUCCAGAACUGCUGACAGAAAAAUCUGCCUGUAAAAGCUCUGACCUCUGGGCUUUGGGGUGUAUAAUAUAUCAGCUUGUAGCUGGAUUGCCUCCAUUCAGAGCUGGAAAUGAGUAUCUGAUAUUCCAGAAGAUAAUAAAGUUGGAAUAUGACUUUCCAGAAAAAUUUUUUCCCAAGGCAAAAGACCUUGUAGAAAAGCUAUUGGUUCUAGAUGCUACCAAAAGAUUAGGCUGUGAAGAAAUGGGAGGAUAUGGACCUCUUAAGGCUCACCCUUUCUUUGAAUCCAUUGUGUGGGAGAACUUGCAUCUUCAAACACCCCCGAAACUUACAGCAUACUUACCUGCCAUGUCAGAGGAUGACGAAGACUGUUAUGGAAAUUAUGACAAUCUCCUCAGUCAGUUUGGUUGUAUGCAAGUUUCUGGUUCUGCCUCUUCACAUUCACUGUCUGUCCCAGAGACAAGUACCCCACAGACAUCAGGAGGCAACAUUGAGCAGUAUAUUCAUGAUCUUGACAACAAUUCCUUUGAGUUGGACUUACAGUUUUCUGAAGAUGAAAAGAGAUUACUUCUCGCAAAACAAGCUGGUGGAAAUCCUUGGCAUCAGUUUGUAGAAAAUAACUUAAUCCUAAAAAUGGGCCCCGUGGACAAAAGAAAGGGAUUAUUUGCACGUCGACGCCAAUUGCUCCUCACAGAAGGGCCGCACUUGUAUUACGUGGAUCCUGUCAACAAAGUUCUAAAAGGAGAAAUUCCAUGGUCUUUGGAGUUGCGGCCAGAAGCCAAGAAUUUUAAGACAUUUUUUGUUCACACACCAAACAGGACAUACUACCUGAUGGACCCGAGUGGGAAUGCUCAUAAAUGGUGCAAAAAGAUACAAGAAGUGUGGCGGCACAGAUACCACCAGAACGCUGCUAAAUAGUAAAGCUCAUCCAAAAUCUCCCAGUUUCUCUUCUUGCUGCUAGAACUUGAUGUGCAGCUGAUCAGAGGAAUCUUUCCAACCCAUCUAUUACCAUCUCAAGGGGAAGCAUAUGUCUGAAAUGUUCUGUUUUUAAAAAAGAAAAAAGGAAAAAAAAAAAAGGCAAAAACCGAAUGGAAUUCAGGGUCGCUUUGCUCGCUCUUUGUGCUUCUGUUGAGGCUUCCACAUGCGUAUCAUUGCAGUGAAGAUCUUGCUUUUGUGCACUUCAACUCAAUUUCUGCAGCAGACUAGUGGAUAGACAUUGCAUUACCAGCUACACUUAAGAUGAGUUAAAACCAAUCCACACGCACACACCCUGAAUCAUGUACCAGCCUUGCGUUUGGGGCUGGAGUUUUCUGUGACUUUCACAUUAUCAUUGAUCUGUAUUUCAUCAGGGAGCUUUUAUAUGCCUCUCCUAAGCACCACUUCUUUUUUUUUUCCCCUUUUCCUUUCCUCACAGUCCCUGAGCUUAUUGGUGUAUGACAUUUUGUAGUCAGGUCAGUUGCACCCUUGUGUAAUUCCUAAUAUAGUUCUGGUUGCAGGAUUUACGUGGUACUUAAAUAAUUAUGUGAAUGAAUCAGAUGUAUGUAUCUGGCAGAUGGGCUCCAAUGAUAGAGGUUUUGAGAGUAAAAUGCUGAACAUGGCACUGAAAUUUUUUCUAAAAUUCAAAUGUCGGCUUCUGAAGCAUAUAAAGUUUUAAACGUUCAGUUUAAAUUUUAAUAUGAAUCGUGUGUUUAAUCAAGAGACAAUAAACUUAGCAGCAUGCUUUUAACUAAUACUAACUAAAAAAUUAAUUAGUUAGUAUGGAGGAAAAAAACAACAUUACUAUUGAAGUAGUAAGUAGUUUUUCUCCUUUCCGGGAGAUGAGGGCUAGAAGCUUUCUUUACAGGGUGUGCAUGUUUUGUGCAUUUUAGUGGGGCCAACCUAUUUACCUGGAUAGAGAAGAAAGUGUGAAAGCUUUGUACAAUUGGUUUGAUUUUUUUUGUUUCAUUGCAUAAUGAAGUGUACAAACAGUCCUAUUUUCAGUCUUUGGCCAAAUAUUUAAGACCUUUUAAAAACUCUGAAUUGCUCAAUCUUUUUUCAAAAAUGAGAUCCAUAUUGUAAUCUGGUUUAAAAAAAUAACAAAGUUGAUCGAACAGGGAAAAAAAACAUAUGGUACUUGAGGCAUAUCUAUAAAAUGAGUUUUUUAUAUCAAUCUCCUUUUAUCCUUUUCAGUAAAAGGCUUUUUUGUGGUCAAACAUUUCCUGUAAUGUUACAAAGACUUAAUAUGCUAAAAGCAACUUCCCUAAUGGUAUUUUCAACAUGUCUGCGUUCCUGAACCUUGCAGAGGGAUGAUAGAUCUGAACAGAGGCAUUCCUUCCUUGUUUUGAAAGUGGUAUAAACAUCACACCUAUUUAUUCACCAUCUACACAUCCCAUCUUUGUGCAUAGUGAGGUCUCUAUGUUGUGCUUUUCCUUCUAUCAAAUAAAUAUUCCACUGCGAUGUUGAAAAGACAAAUGUGCUACUGUUCUAAAAGCAAUACUUCAAAAGCAGUGGCUUAUCAGACUCCGAGAAAAUACCUAAUGGAGAGGGUUUUGUUAGGAGAUGCUAUUCAUCUUUUUUGGGGGGGGAGGGAAGCCAACCAACAAAUGAUGUUACAUGGUUGAAUUUGGUGAUAGCUCGGUUCUUCCAGCAUCCUUCAGCCUUUCCUAGGAGAGAGUGCAGUGGCCUUUUCUUUUGGAGGAGAUAUAUUGUCUUCUGUUAGCCCACCGUAUAUGUGUAAGGAAUUUUGCCUCAUAGAGCACACUCCUUGCUACUGAAAUUUGAAUAGCAUAGUAUACCUUCCAUCUGUGCCUUUAAUUAGUCUUGUAUUAGCUAUCUUAAUUGAGAUGUUGUUGUGCACAUGACUGUAAAUUCAUUCUGCAGCUGUCAAAUUCCAGCUAUGCCCUGGGUCCACUUGAGACAGCCAUAGGGCUUUGGAUUUAAGCGUAGAGAUGUAGACUGCGAACAAGUGAGUCUGGUAGUGAUGGGGCUUCACUGCAUCUCUUCUGUUCUUUGUGAUGGAGCUCAUACAAAUAGUCUGGCAAAGUUAUUCUGCUAACUAAGCGAAGUCCAUAGCUUCAGUAAAAGCUAGACUGGGAUUGCCCUUGGCCUUUUCAGCUGACUAGCUGGCAAUCUGGGAAUGCUUCAAGUUUCUGUAACAAUCAGACAUGCAGUCACCUUGCUGUUUAAAAAGUCAUCUUUUUCAUAGCUUGAAAAUCCUCUAUCAGUAUGCUUCAUUCCUGCCUACCAAAACCUUUCAGCCAAAGAAAUACUGUUAGUAGUAACCUGCAAAAUUAGUCUGUAAGAUGGGUGUCUGCAUUCCAGUGUUCCUGAUGGACAGCAUUGUCAUUAGGAAACUGUGAGCCUCUCUUAAAAGCGUCCAUCCCUACCCUUAGAACUUCAGUAUUCCAAAUCAAGUAUUUCUCAGCCGCUGCUUCUAAGUGAAACCUGUGGUUUUGAAAGAUGAAAGCAACUGUGGGGGCUGAAGUAUGCUUUACCAGUUUGCUCACUUAUGUGUGUACUGGAACACGCUGCAUACAGCGAAGGGCCAGUUCCUGGUUUAGAUGUGUAUACUGAAGCAGGGCAGUUUCAAAUCUUGUGUCAAGGAUGACUCCCAUGUUUUAUGGGUGUUCAUGGAAUGAAAGGUGUGAGGGAGAUUGGUCAGAGCUGCAGAUAAGCCAGGUGAUUUCUCUGCUCUUUAUCCAAGGUCUUUAGAGCACAGAGAUGGGUUGCUGGACACUUGAAGGCUUCAGAAUCCUUUCUACAAACCUACAGAAAACGCAGUCUGUUUGAGUUCUGCCUUUUGCAUUUUGAAUAAUGACCAAUCAUUUAUGAAGCUAGUGGUCAGUAAUGUUUAAAUUUGUUUUGCUUGGGAUUUGAACUUUGGGGAUGUGUUCAUAGCCUCUUUUCUGUUGGGUGGAGCUUAAAGCUGAAGUGCUACUGCUGGGAAGGAUUCUUGAGUUCCAUAACUCUAUCCAGCUCCCAGCCCAGCCACAGAAGGUUCAACGCUGCUGUGAUAAACUGAGAGAUGGCUUUGUUCCUAUUGCCUUAAGGUCUGGUUUUGAAAAGGAUUUAUAUUAAAAAAGACUUGCUUCACAUGUGAUGUUGAGGCAUUGUGAGCAGGCUGAUGUCAGUUAUUAACAACUCAUUUAGUAAGUGCUAAUGCUGAACACAUCAAGGCAUCAGAUAGGACUGUUGUCCACUUAUUUUUCUAGUAUGAUUUAUUUGUGAAGUAUCUGCUAUAGUUAAUCCUGGGGGGGUGGGGAGGAGAAGCUCUGUAGAUUGAAUCAAAGAUGUGAUAAUUCUAAUCCACUUCCGUAGGACAAGAUGCUUACUUUAAUAUGCUUGAUAUCAUUUUGGCCAAAAAAAGAAUAGAUUUCAGCACUCUGUUGAGGAGAUGGCUUGUGUGGUGGUAGUUGCCUAAAGAUACGGUGUGUGGAUUCUGAUGAUCCUUUCUGCUAUAUGGAAUUACAUGAAUAGGUGUGGUAUUUAUAUCUGAAGUUUUGCUGAAUGCCUGUAAUACUUUAUGCAAACAUUUUGUUAAUGAAGUGGAAGGAAGUGCUCCUGCAAAGCUUUGUGAUGCAAAUUGUCUGUCAGUGGAUCGAAUGAGUUUACAAACUGAUAGUUCUCCGUUCCAGAUUGGUGUGUUUUCAGUUUAAGACGGAUAAAUUCAGAACUUUGUUUCCUCUUUCAAUUACUUUUAGGCAGCAAAUAAUUGGAGAAGUGAUAAGCAGCCAAGGACUCGGUCUGCCUGUCAGCAUGGCAGGGAAUGCAGGCGGCUGCCAUUUGACAAAGCUUCCAACGGCCGCGUACCGACUGUGGAUGUGGCAGUUGUUCUAAAUUGUGGCAGAACUUGUAAUUACUGUAUCUGACGACAGCAAAGAAUAGGAACCAGGAACCAUCAUCUGUCUGGAUAGUUGUACACUAGCUGUUCUUCAGGUUGUUGACGGUCAGUUGUGUGUAAUAUUCUCUACCUGGUUUGUAGCUGUAACUGUGAUGUACAGAUAAAGGAAAAAAGCAAGAACUCGCACAAAACAAUCCCCCCUCCCUGAGAACUUACGAGAACAGAAGCAAAUAAUGCAAUGAUAUGAUACACACUUUUGUAUUUUUAUUCUUAUAAGGUUAUUUGCUGGCUUUUGUUGGCCUCUAGUUCAGUCUGUGUUAUUUAAAUUCUAAUAUAUGAAUUAUUUGGAUUGAAUUCAUGUUCGGGGCCAUGGUGUUGUAUGUAUUGAUGUACAGCCUUGAAUGUGAAUAAUUAUUGUAAACUAUAUUUUACACCUUUUUUUCUGGCUUUAUUAUAUAAAUUUUCUAUUGGUCAAUGAUUUAAUCAUAUCUCAUAAUUUAAUAACUGCUUAUACUCCUUUCGACAGAUCUCUGUGCUGUAGAUGUGUAGCUAGUGACCGGAUGAUGGAUUUCACUUAUGCUCGGUAGUCUGUAAUAAAGGCAUGUAGGGUCCUG